AUGUGCGCCGGGUCGGAGCUCGUCUCGAUGAUGCUGUCGUGGCUGGCCAGCCUUUUUCCUGUUCGCGCUACCCCGAUCGCCAAGCCUCAUCUCAUGAGAACUGGAGGAUUCGAGCGGUGCUCCGCAUGCAGCAAGUCAGCCUUGCGAGCUGACGCCUUCCUAAUUCUGCUUCCAAAGAAACAUCCUCUUCAGCUGUUGCUUUCACCCGUAUCCAUGCAUGUCCAAAGACCGCGUUCUGCCCAUGAUGGACGUUCACUAAACUAUCUAGUGCAAAUGCAACCUGUUCAAACUACCAGCAUAUCCCAGUCAACCGGCGCAUACUCGCGAGUGCCCGCGCGUAGUCCCCUGGCCAAACGCAAAUCAUUCAAGCUCAGUGUGGUCGGCCUUGGUGAGGACCCGCCAGUCGGCGGCUGA